AUGGCUUUCGAGUUCUCAGCUCAAUGUAUGUCUGCGCGCGAGGGCACCACUACCACUAGUGCCAACUGUAAAUACCAGGUUGCUUGGAUUGUGGAUAAUACAGAUGAAGAGGAUUCAGAUAGUGAUGAUGAAGGUGAUGAUGGAAUGGUAUUGGAUGAACAAGAGAGUGAUUUUCUACAUCAAAAGGGCAGUAAGAAUUUUGACCUUGAUGAUGAUCAAGCUUCCUUGAACUUGAAAGACUCUGAUGAAGAAACCGAUGUUCAUUCAAUGAUGAUGGACGAUGAGAAGUUGACAAGGGAGCAGAUACAGGGUGAGAUUCAAAAUAUAAAAAAUGCACAUGCUGAAGAUGAAGAAAAUCCUGAUGAAGUGGAUACACCGUUAGAUAUUUCUGCUAGAAAACGAUUUGCAAAGUAUAGAGGCCUCAAGUCCUUUAGGACCUCCUCUUGGGAAUAUCAGGAAUCUCUCCCUCCGGAAUAUGCCAGAAUUUUUGCAUUUGAUAAUUUUCCAAGGACACAGAAACUUGUUCUUGCUAAAGCUUUAGAUAUGCAGCAAGAAAACUGGGAUGACUGUGUACCUGUUGGCUCAUACGUAAGGCUGCAUAUAAAGGAAGUAUCAAACGGUGUUGCUUGCAAAUUAUGCUCGCUGGCGAAGACAAUGCCUGUCAUAGCGAGCGGUCUUUUUCAGCAUGAGUCCAAGAUGUCUGUCCUUCAUUUCAGCAUAAAGAAGCAUGAUACAUAUAGUGCUCCUAUUAAAGCAAAAGAAGAACUCGUGUUCCAUGUUGGUUUUCGCCAAUUUGUUGCUAGGCCUAUAUUUUCUACUGACAACAUUAAUUCAGACAAGCACAAGAUGGAGAGGUUUCUCCAUGCAGGGCGUUUUUCUGUGGCUUCUAUUUAUGCCCCAAUUUCUUUUCCUCCGCUUCCCUUGAUAGUCCUGAAGAGUGCUGAAGCUGCUGCUGCCCCUUCUGUUGCAGCUUUUGGUUCACUGAGAAGUAUUGACCUAGACAGGAUUAUCCUUAAGAAGAACAUUAUAACUGGUUACCCACAAAGAGUGUCAAAAUUAAAAGCCAUGGUGAGAUACAUGUUUCAUAGCCCCGAGGAUGUGAGAUGGUUUAAGCCUGUGGAAGUGUGGACCAAAUGUGGUCGCCGUGGUCGCAUUAAAGAACCUGUUGGUACACAUGGGGCGAUGAAGUGUGUUUUAAAUGGGGUCCUUCAGCAGCAUGACACUGUGUGCAUGAGCUUGUAUAAGCGUGCAUAUCCAAAGUGGCCAGACUUUCACUUCCCUAUUCUUGAUGCUUGAUCGACCGUGGCUGGUGCUCAAUUCUGUACGGUUGAUUCUGGAAUAUGGAAGAAAGCCAUACUUCUGAUGGGAAUGAAGCUCUGGUCCAGAUUGUCAAUACCAAUUUCAUGUUUGCUUGUAAGCUGCAUGCAGUUGAGUGACAUUGGUUCUUUUUUGGGGUGUUACAUGGGGUUCAUUGUACCUGCUCCUGUAUUUUCUUUUUCCCCGUCAAUAUAUAUUUUUUGAAAUGGUAGACAACUGAAAAUCUAUGUCAAUAGGCAGAGAGGGAAGAACCACCCACCCCCCGCAGGUGGUGGUUAGUUUUUGCUGCCUCUUGUUUGGUUGUCUUAUUUUUGAGUAACUCUUAUGCAGUAUGUCAUUCUUUUGGAUGUUCUAGGAAAUAUGCGUUUCUUCCGGUGAUUCAUAC